GUGAAUAAUCGUGUGUUUGCGCUUGACGGGUGCACAGUGGCUUGUGAUUGAAUAGAUUAUUUUCUUACAUUACUCAAUAAAUCAUGGUAGAAUAAACCUGUAGUUGGAUUUAAAUAGUUUUACCUUUUGUGCUUUAUUUAGAGAAUACGCUAAGAUGCCCCUUGCUAGCUCCUCAGACCCCUGGCGCAUGCAAAAUGUCGGGGACAAUGUGCAAAGGGCAGUUCCUACAUUACAAACAACAAACAGCCUUCCAAUGGUUGUGGAGAACUCGGGGGAGUCCCGGCAGGCCUCGACGGCGGACAGCCACGAGUCCACCGCCCCCAGCCUCGACUCCUCCAUCGACCUCAGCGUAGAACACGAAGUGGAAAUACAAGAUGUCAUCAAAGAAGGCCAUGACAAAGCAGAUCCGUCUCAGUUUGAGCUGCUGAAGGUUCUAGGUGAAGGUUCCUUUGGAAAAGUGUUUUUGGUGCGCAAAGUGUCAGGACCUGACACAGGAACUUUGUAUGCAAUGAAGGUACUUAAAAAAGCGACUCUUAAAGUAAGAGACAGAGAAAGGACAAAAAUGGAGCGUAAUAUUCUUGUUGAGAUGGGCCACCCUUUCAUAGUCAAGCUACACUAUGCAUUUCAAACAGCGGGCAAACUGUAUUUGAUACUGGACUUCUUACGUGGUGGAGAUUUAUUUUCACGACUUAGUAAAGAGGUAAUGUUCACAGAGGAAGAUGUUAAGUUUUAUUUGGCUGAAUUAGCCUUAGCAUUAGAACAUGUGCACCAACUAGGCAUCAUAUAUCGGGAUCUUAAACCAGAGAACAUUUUGUUGGAUGCGGAUGGUCACAUAGCACUUACAGACUUUGGUCUCUCAAAAUUGCCAGCCGACAGUGAUAAAACCUACAGCUUUUGUGGAACUGUGGAAUACAUGGCACCAGAAGUUGUUAACAGAAAAGGACACACAUUUGCUGCAGAUUGGUGGUCAUUUGGAGUUUUGAUGUUUGAAAUGUUAACAGGAAAUCUUCCAUUUCAUGGGGCUACAAGACAUGAUACCAUGACUCAGAUCCUAAAAGCUAAGUUAGCAAUGCCUUCAAACCUAAGUGAAGAAGCCCAGUCGUUAUUGCGCGCGUUAUUUAAAAGAACUCCCCAGAACAGACUCGGCGCAAACUCGAUAGAGGACAUAAAGAAGCACGAAUUCUUCGCUAGCAUAGACUGGGAAGCUCUACUCAAGAAGGAGGUGACCCCUCCGUUCCGGCCGGCGGUCUCGCGAGCCGAUGAUGCCUUCUACUUCGACUCGGAGUUCACCUGCCGGACGCCGCGGGACAGCCCCGGAGUGCCCGCUUCAGCGAACGCCCACGAACUCUUUAGAGGGUUCAGUUUCAUAGCUCCUGGCUUGCUGAACAACGACAUCGGGGACGAGACGGUAACAAGUAAAAGUACAAACAACUGUACACAGAACAAUAAAGCGUCUUCCGAAGACUUCUGGUCCGGCUUCGUCAAUAGAACCAAGUUCUUUGAUGAAUAUAGAUUAAUGGGAGAGCUCGGUACAGGUUCCUUUUCAGUAGUGCGACUUUGUGAGCAGAAGUCUACGAAAAUGCAGUAUGCAGUGAAAAUUAUGAAGAAAGUUAACUAUGACCCCAGAGAAGAGAUUGAAAUACUAUUGAGAUACAGCCACCACGACCACAUAAUAACCCUGCGCGGCGUCUACGAAGAGUCGGACCGCAUCCUGGCCGUGAUGGAGCUGUGUCGCGGCGGCGAGCUGCUCGAGUACAUCACGGGCCGCGGCCGCCUGCCUGAGGCCGAGGCGGCGCCGCUGCUGCGCAGUGUACUGCAAGCCGUACACUUCCUGCACCGACACACUGUUGUGCACAGAGACAUUAAACCCUCCAACAUCUUGUUCGCGAGCACGGCUCGUCGUCCGGAAGACAUCCGCCUCGUGGACUUCGGGCUCGCCAAGCAACUGCGGGCCGAGAACGGACUGCUCAUGACGCCGUGCUACACGGCCAACUUUGUAGCGCCUGAGGUGCUCAAGAGAGCGGGCUAUGACGCGGCCUGCGAUAUUUGGAGCUUGGGUGUCCUGGCGUACAUCAUGAUGUCGGGCAGAACUCCGUUUGCAUCUACGGGCGACGACACUCCUGAGGCGAUAUUAAAACGAAUAGAAUCUGGAAAGGUGGACCUAAACAGCGGCGUCUGGCGCCACGUGUCAGUCGGCGCUCGCGACUGCAUCCGGCGCAUGUUACAACUGGACCCGGGCGGGAGGCCGCGAGCGCAGGACCUACUGGCCGAGCCCUGGCUCAAUGUGGCGAGUAGUGGCGAGCCCUGGCUCAAUGUGGAGGGUAGUGCGAGGGUGACGGUGGAUGGUGAUGUGAAGAGUAGUGCGACCCCGACGGCUGAGCUGAGGCGCGCUGUGGAUCUUACGUUUCAGGCGAUGACGUCGUCGCCGAUGACGCCGCAAGUGCUCGGCCCCGUGACCCAGUCCACGCUCGCGCAGAGACGGAUCAAGCCGCAGAGGAGAUACCCGCCGACCCAGCUGUAGACCCACACCAAACAGGUAUAAGGACUAAUAUACCAAAUCACAAGGAAAGUCUCAAUAACAUGCAAGGUAUCUAAAGGCUUAAUACCUACCGACUCAAUAAGAGUUUUGGAUAUGCAUUGAAAAAACGUCUUCAUAUGCACGAUGAAUUGUAAUGUAGGUCGUUAUGUAAUACCGCGAAUGCCCCUUGUUACUUAUACACAAUACCCCAUUGAACCUCUACAAAUUAAAUUGUGAUCAAAAGAUUCGUUAUUUAUAAAAGCAAGAGAGAUAAAUAAGCCUUCCAAGGAUGUAGGAUUUGAUCGUCGUUUAUACGCGUUUUAAGAUAGUUUUAUGGUGAAAGGUUAAAGUAAGAUAUAAUUUUAAACAAUCGCCAAUAUUACGAACGUAUAGUUUUACUUUUUUAAAGUAAAAUUUAAAAUGUGUAUGUGAGUUGCAAUGUUGAUGAAUUUAAAUAUUCAUUAAGUAGUAAACAACGAGUGAAGUCCAAAAUGUAAUGAUUAAUUUUAAUUUAUAACCGUGUCAUUUAUGUUAUAUUUGAUCAUCAUAAUAAUGCCUUCAAUGCUUAGAAAUAUUUUAUAUGCAUUAGUCCAUUCAUCUUUCGAAAGUACUAACUGUUUUAAUUAUACGAUUUUAUUAAUUAUACAUAGUUUUCAGCUAUGUUGAAACCGUUUGUUUUUCUUAUUAUAAAUCAAAUGCUACUUAUUUUCUAUAAAAUAUUAUUUUUAUAGCUAACAUUCCAUAACUUCUUAUCCGAUUUGAUAAUAUAUUGCUAGAAAUAUAAUGGAAGAUGUUAUGUGAAAGUGGUUAUCCCUCCGGAAAUGAUUUAAGCACGCGUAGCCCACCUAUUGAACUUCUAUCUGUGCCAUUAAAGCUAAAAUAAUAAACUAGUGUUAAUCUUACUUAAAUUUUCUUAAAAUUUUCGAUGUACAAAUUGUGCAAUAAUAAUUUUAAUAUCUAACAAAUCUUGUAUGUACCUACCCCAAACCUAUAUUUUAGUAGAUCCUAUUUAUUUUUUAUAAACAAAUCUUUACAAUUAUAAAUCACCCAUAUUUUGGUGUAAUAAAUAU